AUGCAUAUGAUCACAACCACCAUGAUUUUUAUGAUCCUUGGUGCUUCUAUUGUAAUGGCGAUAGCGUGUCUAAUGGACAUGAACGCACUGCUGGACCGCUUUCACAACUACAUCUUACCGCAUUUACGAGGCGAGGACCGCGUCUGCCAUUGCAACUGUGGAAGACACCAUGUGCAUUAUGUAAUUCCCUAUGAUGGGGACCAUUCAUUGGUGGACUCAUCUGAGAACUACUUUGUGAGUGACAGUGUGACCAAGCAGGAAAUGGACCUCAUGCUGGGGCUGCUGUUGGGCUUCUGUAUCAGCUGGUUGUUGCUGUGGCUGGAUGGAGCGUUACACUGUGCUGUAAGGGCCUGGAGAGCCAGUCGCUACUACGACACACCAUCCUGGUCCUGGCUCCCACAGUUCUGCAACUUGCGGGAUCUCCGUAGACGUACACAGUUACGACAGUUGGAGGACUCCAGUGGAAACAUGGUGCAUAUCAAGCAGAAGCUCUAUCAUAAUGGUCAUCCAAGCCCCCGUCACCUAUGACUCUGAACGGUAUCUCUAAAAUGCCCCGUUACCAAAUGCUGCCUCAGAGACCCUCUUCAACACUCCCACUAUGAGUGAAACCACAUUUUUGACUUUUUACAGCCACUCGAUGCAAUUCAUGUAUUUGGGAUAUGAGGAAAUAAAUCACUACUUUUGUCCGUGCACCGUAGGGUGGUGGGGGUGCAAGUAAGAUUAUGAGGGUCUUUUUUCUGUACAGGCACUGUCAUUUUUUUUAAAUCUAGGCAUGCACUUUUAAAUGGGUGGGGAAAAGAAAUCUGAGGAGUGUGUAAAUGGGCAUUGAAAUUGGGUUGUCACUCGGCUUUUCUUCUUUUUUUUUUUUUUUAAUUAAUUUAUUCAUUUUUGAUUGGAAUCUGUUGAUUUCUUGUGUGUAAGGGGCUGAUAAAAGGGUUGGGGAGUGCGCCAAGGUUUUGUGACAGCAUAGUUUACGGUUAUUGUUGAUGUACAUAGUUAUACAUACUGUUUUAUUUGACUUAAGUCCAUACAGGGUUAGGGGUUGUUAGAAAUGAGCUAUAAAUCAUGUGCCAAGAACAUAGAGUAACUGAGAGUAAAAAAUAAAAAGUCUAAAAGCAGAAGUGUGAUGAGUUAUUUGACUGGAGUAAAACAGAUCUCUGUAAAAUAAUGACUGACCAGCUUUGUUACUUAGUGAAACAAAUGAAUGUAUUUCAUUUUAUCUGUAAAUAAAGGAGAGGAAGGGAAAUAAUGGGAGCUCUUUGUGUAUGUCCACUGACCAUGACUGGUUAAAUAACAGAGGGACUUUAGCAGGUACACAUCUUCGUUUUAAAUUACUCUUACUGUCAAACAAGAACACCAAGACUGACAACACAGAGAGCUCUGACCCACUUUCCCUUACUCUCCAUGUUCAGACAUUGCUGUUGUGAAGAUGAAAUGUCUGUUUUAUUAAAAGUGCCACAGAAGCACAAGUGGGUCCUGUU